AUGUCGAUGAGAAGACUGGCCCAGGUGGCCUGGCGAUUCAGUUUUGAGAUAGCCCAACGAGCGCGUCUCUUGCCUCGAACAGUGCAACCAGUAGGAUAUGUUGGUACGUUGGUGCAGACGGUUGCUGAACCGCCACUGAUGUCGAAAAAUCGAGCACAUCGUUUGAUACAAAUGCUGCUUCGGCACCAGCGAAUUAUCACCCGGCCGUUUGUGACGCUUGCUCAAUAUCGACACCGCUUCACGGGCACGUCCAGAUUCCAAAACUUCAACCGUUUCCGCUACAAGUCAUUCAUCAAAAAAGUUGGAGUUGUUGAAAGGGUUAGGGAUGUGUUCGGAACGAAUGAGCGCUACAACCCGGCGUUACGCAAGGAGGAAUUCCCCGAAAAGCUCGACGCCUAUGAAAUAGGUGAUUUUAUAGCCCAAGGCGGCAAUGGAGCUGUUUAUGCACUGCGAUUGAAGGAACCCUCGGCAUUGCUAAGAAAUGCCACCCUGCGCCUUGAUCCGGGCCUCGCCGCCCUGCCCUCAACAUCGCAAGAACGCGGGAUUGCGCGCAAGCGCUUUCCACUCGCCCUGAAGCUGAUGUUCAACUAUGAGCACGAGCGCCGUGGCGACGAUCAUUUGUGGGCAAAUAUGGGCGCUGAAUUGGUGCCGCUACCACCGGGCGCACUGCCGAAACUUCGCGGUCGAUUCCGGCGAUUCCACCCGUUGCCAGCCUCUCAUCCAAAUAUCGUCAAGAUGCACACGGCUUUCGUUGACGCGAUGCCGAUACUGCCGGAUGCGUUGGCGAGAUACCCAGAAGCCGUCCCUCCAAUUGACAUUGAUCCCCGCACGAUGUUUGUCGUCAUGAAAAGAUACCGCAUGGAUCUACACGAAUAUAUGAACAUUCCCGGUCCCCUGGACACCCACAAAGGGACCGUGAUGCUCGCACAACUGCUGGAGGGCGUCCACUUCCUCCAUCAAAGUCGCGUUUCGCAGCGCGACAUGAAAUCUGACAAUAUUCUACUCGAAUUUGACGAUUAUGAUGAGGUUCCAUUCCUCGUAAUCUCGGAUUUUGGGUGUGCCCUGGCGCAGGAUGAUUGGAAUGUGGCGUACAGAAGUGACGAGGUGGAUCUGGGCGGAAAUGCUGCGACGAGAGCUCCGGAGGUCAUUGGCGCCAAGCCGGGUCCCGGGGCUGCCGUUAAUUUUGCGGCCGCUGACUUGUGGGCAUCUGGUGGAUUGGCUUAUGAGAUUUAUACGAGAAGCAAUCCGUUCUACUCUCGCCUCCGUUCUUCGACGUAUCGCGAAAAGGAGCUGCCCGUACUUCCUGAGGCAGUACCGGCAGCCAUUAGCUCAGUGAUUCGAGCCAUGCUUCGCCGAGACCCCGAGCAUCGAGUGCAACCGGUGGUUGCCGCCGAUGUCGUGGGCAUGUCGUUGUUCCGCUACGGGGCCGAUGUGCAUGGGCUUGUUCAGAAAGGUCUUCUCGGACUGCAACUCGAUCUUGUCGACAAUCCGGUUAGCAAGGCUUUGAAAAAGCUGGGCGAGCGCAUGGAACGGGCCCUGGACGACGUGCUGAUGCUCGCCACAGCCGAGACGAUCUUUGCCCGUUUCCGCGCAGACCUCAGCCAGGCCGAGGCUCAGGUCCGUGCCACGUUCCUGUCCCGCGUCGAGCGCUCGGAUCUUCGAGCUGCCCUCGGCUACUUCAUGCCCCCACCCCAGCCAUUCUUCCCAUCUACCGUACCCGGUCAAAACCCAGAAGCCCGUCCCCAGAUUGCCGUCAAU